CUAAAUGUCCUCAAUAGAUGGCAGUGGUGUUGCUGACUGUGAAUGUUUGAUGUCUAAAGUAUGGAGUGUUUAGGUGUGAUAGUGUUUAUACCAUAUUAAUUUGUAAAUGUUUGAAGAUAACUUUCCGGUUUGGGAGCGAGAUGGGGAAACUGCUCUCCAAGAUCUUCGGCAACAAGGAGAUGAGGAUAUUGAUGUUAGGAUUAGACGCUGCCGGCAAGACCACAAUACUUUACAAAUUGAAACUAGGUCAAUCAGUUACUACAAUUCCCACUGUAGGGUUCAACGUAGAGACUGUCACUUACAAAAAUGUUAAAUUCAAUGUGUGGGAUGUUGGAGGGCAGGAUAAAAUAAGGCCACUGUGGCGCCAUUACUAUACUGGCACACAGGGACUAAUAUUUGUGGUGGAUUGUGCGGACAGAGACAGAAUAGACGAGGCCAGGCAAGAGCUGCAUCGCAUCAUCAACGACAGAGAGAUGAGGGAUGCAAUUAUCCUGAUAUUUGCCAACAAACAGGACCUGCCAGACGGUAAGACGGUUAGCACCUUCUUUCUUUAGGGAAUUAUAUCCAAU